AGCGAGCCGGUCGCACAAAGACCACCAACCUAAUCUAUCAUCGGCUACGCAGGAGCAGCAGCAGCAGCACCGCAGCGGGCGGCGCCGGCGACAACAUCGACGACGACUGAGCAAGGACGACAAGAAGAAGAGGAAGGACAAUCCAUGGGCAACUGCGCCGUGACGCAGCACGCGGUGACGUCGUGGGCGGACGACGGCGAGUGGGACGUGCCGUCGGCGGCCGAGGAGGAGGAGGAGGCCGCCGGGACCAGCGGGAGGAAGGACCACGGCCACGAAGCGGCGGAGGUGACGAUCAGGAUCACCAGGAAGCAGCUGCAGGAGCUGAUGGAGAAGAGGGCCGGUGGCCUCCACGGCCUCAAGAGCCGCCGGGCCGCCGCGCAGCUGCUGGCGGACGUCAUGAACGCCGGCCAGGUCUACCACCAUCUCCACCACUGUAAGGCGGCGCACUGGAAGCCCAAGCUGCAGAGCAUCCCGGAGGCCGUCGAGUCAUGACGCACGGCACACUGCUGCCAUGGCGUUUUGCUUGCCUGGUUUCUCCUCCUCGUCUUCGGUUGCUUCUUCGCAGUUGCAGGCUGGCAGCUUUUCAUUGGGUGACUCACCGUGUCAUCAUUCUUUUAGUUUGGAUGCAGUAUACAACGAAAGAUGUACAGAAGUAGGGAAUUCUUGAGCAACUACCCAUGUUUUACGUAGCAGAGCAUGAUCAACAACUCAUGGUCAGCAGAGUACUACACUUUUUGCUGAUUGGUUCCCUCAGUUUACCAUGCAGAGCCAGGCCCAGGACUGCAUACUCCAUGUACAAAUUGAUUCCGCUUCACUAAAAGCCCACUAUUCCAGCAUGGAAUGCUUAUUUAGCUUGUGCUUGACGCAAGAGGCAACUAAUAUAUGUACAUUUUAUAUUUGGUUUUUUAUUUUAUUUUACUGAGCUUACUCUAUGUAUUAGAUUCUCUAUCUUUUGCGCCCAGGGGAACUUCUUUUAUCGACAAAAAACUCA